GGGAGACGGAAUAUCCAUAACAGAGAGAGAUAUAUACAGACAAGGACAUUCGUCAGCCUGCGUCUGGGCUGUGUCUGUGUCUGCGUCUGCGUCUGCGUCUGUUGGAAAUGUCGCUGUUGUUGGCUGUCGUUCUCGUCUGCGGAUAAGAACUGUUCGUUGUUGGGCUGAAGCUCUAUUCCGGCUCUGGCCCUAGCUGGCUGCUAUCUAUCUAUAUACGCUUGCUGGGAGUCUGCCGUAAAUCCCCCUCCCCCAAGUGACAUACACUAUUAUCUAUUCUCUCUAUCUAUAUACACACACACACACACACACAUAUAUAUAUAUAUACAUCCUCUACCUACAUUGUCCUCCCAAGCAUAUCUUACCAGAUAUCAGGGAUCCAAAUCCCAUUCCCUCUGUUCUUGUGAGGUCAGGAUCAGCACUACGUCAAGCAUGGACACACUCCUGACAGCGGAUGUCGUCGCAACCUCUCCCCGCUUCCAGAAAAAGUCGAGCACCUCCGUCGACGCCAUCCAUGAUCUUCCAGAGACAGGCGAGCUUGCCCCCGCUCAGCUCUACAGCACAGAGUCCGGACGCCUCUUCCACUCCGGGCGUAUAGUAAUCAUCACCGUCGGCUUGCCAGCUAGGGGCAAAACACACAUAUCUGUUGCGCUUGCACGGUACCUCAGAUGGCUCGGUGUGAAGACGCGGAUAUUCCAUCUGGGCGACUAUCGACGUGCGACUGUCGGGCCUGGUCAGGAUGUUCCUGAUGAUUACUUCUUUGUCAACGCAUCCGCCUCGUCCGUCCUCCUCAGACAAAAAAUUGUGAAAAAGUGUAGAGAAGACAUCUAUCAUUUCCUAAACCACGAGAACGGCCAGAUUGCCAUAUACGACGCUGUGAACCCAAUUGCCGCUGGUCGUCGGUCCCUAGCAAAGGAAUUCGCUAAGCAUGACAUUGAUACACUAUUCAUCGAGUCGCUGUGUGAUGAUGAGAGGAUAAUUGAAGAAAAUGUCCUGAGCGUAAAGAUAUCUUCUCCAGACUACGUUGGAUGGGACCCCAAGGAUGCUGUAAAAGAUUAUCUGGCGCGAAUCUCGGCUCGGAUACCGCAGUUUCAGACUAUGAAUGAAUCGGAGCUGAAUUAUAUCAAGAUGAUCAACGCCGGCGAGCGCAUGAUGAUCAACAACCGCUCCUUCGGCUACCUGCACCACCGGAUUGUCUUCUACCUGCUCAAUUUACAUAACAAAUCACGACAUACAUAUUUCGUGCGGGCUGGAACCUGCCUGGACCCAAACUCCUACAAAACCGACGCACCCCUCUCCGAACAAGGACUGGACUAUGCUCGCAAAAUGACCGAGAGACUCCUGCAGCACCGUGAAUCAGAGAGACAGGCACUUAUCGCUGAGCAGGGUGAUGAUGCUGACACGGAGUUGAAACCACUUACGGUGUGGACAUCCACCCGGCGCCGGACAGUGGAGACUGCACAAUUCCUACUCGAACGGGGCUACAAAAUACGCCAUCGGUCACAGAUGAGCCAGUUGAACCCUGGUGUCUGUGAGAAGAUGUCCGAAAGGAGGAUUCGGCAGGAGUAUCCUGAUGAGGUUGCAAAGCAUGAGAUGGAUCCGUAUCAUCAUCGGUACCCGCGGGCUGAGUCGUACCAUGACCUCGCCGUGCGUCUUGAACCGAUUAUCCUUGAACUUGAACGGGAGCGGAAUGACCUACUUAUCAUUGCGCAUGAGAGUGUCCUGCGUGUGCUGUAUGGGUAUCUGAUGGCUUGUAAUGCUGCAGAUAUCCCGUUCUUGUCAUUUCCGCGCGAUGAGAUUAUUGAGAUCAUCCCAGCAAGCUACAACAACAAAGCGAAACGCAUACAUAUCCCCGAUCUCCCUCCGGAGAUUAUCCCCGCAUCGCCAGAGGAUAUCAAAAUACCUGUUCCACCGAGUGGAGUUGUCUCUCCGAUGCCUGGUGGGUUGGACGGGAAUGGGAAUGGGAGUACUAACGGCGAUGGUGGCGGUGGGGGUGAAAAUAGUGGUGUCGGUACAGCGGGACUGAGUAUCCCGCGCGGAGCCACUCCGGCAGGUGGGUUCAGGCCGCAGAGGGAUGGAGAGAAGAUUUUGCAACAUCAUGCGGAGGAUGUUGUUUAGGGUUUGGGCGUUUGUUUUUGUGAGUGUGUGCUGGGCUGAAUGCUCUUCUUUCGAUGAUGAAGCUAUGGGAUGAUGGAAUAUGUUGUCCAGUAUUUCCCACGCAUUUCUUUUAUGCGUGAUGUUUGAUGUUUGAUGAUCGAUAACUGAUGCUUGAUGUCUGACAUGAGUGUUCAUUCCUUCCUUUUGUUUUUCGCGUUUUCGUUUCGUUUGGCUUGGAUUAUAAUAUAGAAAAGAAAGAAACAUAUUUUUUCCCUUGAUAUAUUGAUUUCCCUCCUCUUACUUUGAACAACAGCGAAGAAUUAUCUUGUCCAUCCCUCGUUACCCGCCAUGCAACGUAGAGACGAAUAAUAUAUUAUCCCCCUGCUGAAUCUGAUACUUCUCCUCGCCCUCUAAUUCCCAAUCGGCAUCGUUUAUUAGGACGAGGAUCCCAGGCCGUCUAAAUUUAUAUGUAGAUAAGGAAUUACAUCCCCGCCAUUAUUAGCCAGAAAUUCAAAUAUCCCUGUAUUAAUAAUACUGAUGCACACGCCCGAUAACCAACCGACCAUAUUCUGAGGACGGA